CUGGAAUUGAAGCCGCGUCCUACCUUUGACCCCUCCUCCAAUCCACACGUAGUCACGUUGGCGUCGGACGUGGUGACGAGAGCAGCAAUAUGGCUGCGCCCAGGAGUGACAUUUAUGUAAAGAGAUGUUUAUAGAUCUGAUGUAAGCAUCAGGCACGAACCAUGCUUCUUCUCCUCGCCCUGCGCUCGGGCCUGGCACACAGCAGAGCCCAAGCCCUACGCUUCACUCACACAGCAGGAGGCAAGCAGAACAGCAUUCAGUGGAAGCAUGCAAUACAGAGAAGGUGGAAGAGCAGCGUGGUAUCCGAGACGAUAGCUCCAUCCAGGGCUGCAGUGGGCUCUGUUCCAAACUCCGCUGCAGAUCGUAUCGUUGGACGUUGGCUCCUGGCAUGUAGCGGCAUGGUAGCUGGCGCUGUAAUCCUGGGGGGAGUAACUAGGUUAACUGAAUCUGGACUCUCAAUGGUUGAUUGGCACCUGGUAAAAGAGAUGAAGCCCCCGGGAUCUCGGGAAGAAUGGGAAGCAGAGUUUCAGAAGUACCAGCAGUUCCCAGAAUUCAAAAUUUUGAAUCGCGACAUGACGCUGAAUGAGUUCAAGUUCAUUUGGUACAUGGAGUAUUCGCAUCGCAUGUGGGGUCGAGCUGUGGGCCUGGCUUACAUUUUGCCGACCAUCUACUUCUGGAGAAAAGGCUGGUUUAACCGGGGCAUGAAAGGCCGCGUUUUGGGCCUCUGUGGCUUCGUCUUCUUCCAGGGUCUUCUGGGCUGGUACAUGGUGAAGAGCGGUUUAGAAGAGAAACCAGAUUCCUAUGAUGUUCCACGUGUCAGUCAGUACCGCCUGGCCGCGCAUUUAGGCUCGGCGCUAGUCCUGUACUGCGCGAGUCUUUGGACAGGCUUGUCUCUUCUGCUCCCAAAACAUAAGAUGCCUGAAACUAUGCAGCUGCUAAAGCUGAGGAAAUUCACACACUGGACCACAGGCCUCGUCUUCCUUACAGCACUCUCAGGUGCCUUUGUCGCAGGACUGGACGCUGGUCUCGUUUACAACUCCUUCCCUAAGAUGGGGGAGCGCUGGAUCCCAGAUGACCUUCUUGCCUUCUCCCCAAAGUUAAAAAACAUCUUCGAAAACCCCACAACCGUACAGUUUGAUCACCGCAUCCUUGGGAUCAGCGCGGUAGCAGCCGUCACCGGACUAUAUUACUACUCCCGGAAGGUCCCUCUGCCUCGUAGAGCCAGGUUGGCUGUAAACUCCCUGAUUGCUGUGGCUUAUUUACAGGUUACACUGGGCAUAUGCACUCUGCUCUUGUAUGUCCCUACGCCUCUAGCAGCUACUCACCAGUCCGGCUCGCUUGCGCUCCUCAGUAUGGCUAUCUGGCUCAUGAAUGAAUUGAGGCGGCUACCAAAAUAGCGACUUUCACAAAAUCCGUAGUCGCCGCAAUGGGAGUCCUGUAUAGUAAAUAAGUUUGAGUAUUGCAAAAAAAAAUAAAAAAAUAAAAAUUAAUAACUUUGCUACGUAUAUACUUAUAUACGUAUAUAUUUCCUAAAAUAUAAUAAUGUAUUUGUACAUACUUUCUUUUUAUUGUAUUUGUUUUCCAAAUUGCUUUUAUAAAUGUGUUUUCAUAUAUAAAAAGAAUCUACCAAUCUCUGAAAAA